AUGAGGCUAUCGCACACUCUUCUUCUCCUUUUCUUCCCUUUCCUCGUCAACGCACAGCGCUUUGUUCGUUUCAUCUCGACAGACAACAGAGUAUACAACGGAGACGCGAUUCUUCCGGCUGGUACUACCGACGCGGCGAAGAGCAGAGCUGCCCGCGUUAUUACAGGUGAUAUUCUGGGGGAUUACAAGAUCACCAGCCAAGUCAAGUCCAUCAGAAAGCUCCUCGCACCGCUUCCAAACGAACGAGUUAGGACCGUGCGAUGCGUGGGCAUAAAUUAUGUCUCUCAUAGCGAAGAGACGGGGGCCGACGUGCCGGAAUGGCCCAUCCUCUUCUACAAACCUUUCACGGCCCUCAACACACCCAGCGACCCUAUUCCUAUCACGGAAGGCUAUCGAACGCAAGGGAACUUCACGUCAAAGAUGGAUUACGAGACGGAGCUCGUCAUUGUCAUCAAGAAAACCGCGUUCAACAUCUCAGAAGACGAGGCUCUCGACCAUGUCCUAGGAUAUUCGGUUGGCCAUGACGUCUCGCACAGAGGGUGGCAAGUCGAUCGCGGUGGCCAGCCUCGACCGCAAUACUCUAUGGGCAAAGGAGCGGAUGGGUGGGCACCGUGGGGCCCAGCCAUCGUAUCAACAAGCAUCAUCCCCGACCCACAGACGCUCAGGCUCUGGACGAAGGUCAACGGCGUCACGCAGCAGAAUGAGACUACUGCCAACAUGAUAUUCGGGGUCAAGCAGCUCGUCGCGUUCUUCUCAAUGGGCAUAACGUUAUUACCAGGAGAUGUUAUCUUCACUGGAACGCCAAGUGGUGUCAACCUAGGCAAGGCUAACCCAGACUGGCUAAAGGAUGGAGACGUGGUGGAGGUUGGACUAGAGAAUGUCGGAACUUGCACGAAUGUGUUGAAAUAUGUGUGA